GAAAGAUGUAAUUUUGAUAAAUUGUCUCUGUUUCGCAGAGCGGUUUGUGGAGGCUGAGGCGAAGAGGCUGAAAUGCUAGGAGCUUUCAUGAAUAGAGGUCUUGUGUUGCUUUUCGGAUAUGCAUACCCUGCCUUCGAGUGCUACAAAACGGUGGAACAGAACAGAAUCGAGAUUGAACAACUCCGGUUUUGGUGUCAAUAUUGGAUCAUUGUUGCAGUGCUGAUAGUAUUAGAGAGGAUUGUGGAUGUUUUUGUCUCAUGGUUACCCUUGUAUGGUGAACUAAAAUUGGCAUUCUACAUCUACUUAUGGUACCCAAAAACCAAGGGAACAAGCUAUGUCUAUGAAGCAUUCGUGCGGCCUUAUAUUGCAAAGCAUGAGACAGAUAUCGAUCGGAAGUUGCAGGAACUGAGAUUUAAAGCCUGGGAUUUGGUUAUUUCUCAUUGGCAGAACUGCGCCAGUUAUGGGCAGACCACAUUCUUUCAAUUCCUCCAGUUUUUGGCUACUCAAUCUUCAAAGGCGAAAAGCCCUAGCUCACAGAAGGUCGACCCACAGCCUCUCAAUUCAUUACCUCCUGUAAAAGAAACAGAAAGGCAGCCACCUGAAAAGCAGACUCAACAAUCAAGUAAGAAGUGGUCCUCGACACCCCUACACUCGCAAAUGUCGAUAAAAAGAAUCAAACGAGCAGAGUUUCAAACGCCAAAUUCCGAUGUUGUGCAAGAGCAACAGCCUUCUAUCAUACCAUCAGAAGCUACUGUGGUGAAUACAGCCAUAUCGACAUCAGAUGACACAACCGGUCCUCCUUCUACUGAAGAAGCCGAUAUGGACGAAACACUACGUGCAGCUCGGAUCAGACUACGGCGUUCCCAUUCCCGGCAACACGAAUGA